GUUUAUCAUUCCGUGAACUUUAGUCUCCUAGAGCAAUGACCCCCUCCUUCAGUUGUAGUGCCCGCUUAUUUUCAAGAGAAUUCAUAUAAAACGAUUUCCAUCUUUUACAGCAGAAAUGUUAAAAGGGAAGACUGUCUUAGUAUACAUACUUCUAGUGUUUGAAUUUCAGUUUGUCUUUAUGUGCGAAAGUAAUCAGACUCGACAAGGCUGCCGCAUUCAGGAGGGUACAUGCUUGUGUGGGGUCGGAUGUUACUCGGAAUACAGAUAUUCUUCAAGGGAAGAAUGUAGGAAGGCUCUGAAAGGACGUGGUGAUGACCCCUGUCAGGUGAACCCAUGCGAGAAUGGAGGUUCGUGCAGUCAAAUAUCAUUUGAGCCUGGGUAUCGCUGUCGUUGCGAAGGGACAGGUUUCUAUGGCAACCGCUGUCAAAAUGCUUGUCCAAUACCAGGAACGUCAACAGGCCGAUACUCUUUCCCACAUGAGUGUAUUGUUAUCUGAGAAUGAUUGUGGGCGAAAUCUGACAUUUCAUAGUACUGAGAAGUAUCCAAAGUGGAUGUAGUAUAUUUACAAGUUUCUGCUUAUUGCUGGAACUCUAAGUCCUGCUACACAAUGCAACAAUUGGUCAAUACACAAUAGAAAAAUUCAUGCAUGGCAUGAAAACAAUCUGGAAGGAGUAAUUCUAUUUGACAACAAACUGUGUGAUUAAUAGGCUGUCAUCUUAAAGGAUUUUAUUAGGUCCUUCAAGAUAGAGAUUAAUGAUAAAAAAUAUGUUCAACAUAAAAACAUGUGCAUCCAUCUGUUGCCUUCAUAUUAUACACAGCUGUUUCUUUUGUAACUACCUACAUUCUUUUAAAAGACAUUCCAUUGACCUUACCAUCCUGUAAGACUUUUUUUCUUUUUUUUUAAGUUAAAAGAAUGAUGCCUGUGACAUAAAUACAUACUAUGUAUUCCAUGAACAUGAUAACAGUACUGUGAACUCUAAAGCAGGUAGAUUGGUGGUAUUCAGAGCAUUAUCUUGCAUAAUGAUAGUGAGGUGGUAUGGCCUGCUUUGAAUAUUCAUUAACGUUAUAUGCAUUUAAGUGUCUGUAGGUACCAUCACUGCAAUUUUGCAUUUAGGAUGAUAUUUUAAACAUACAUAUGAGUGUAGCAAACGACUGUAAAUUAAGCGGGUUUGAUAUUUUAUGUUGUUGGUUUUAUUUUAAAAUAAUAACAAAUAGAUUCUGGGAGUAAAUUUUUGCAUCAAAAUUGUAUGUCAGCACUUGGAACAUUAAAGUAUCUAAUAAAUAAA